AUGCGCUUUGGAGCGGAGAGAUGCACAGACAUGGCGAUUCGUCUCGCUGCUCCACUCCACUCACGCCUACUCUGCCUCUCGCCGACAUGUGCGUAUUUACACAGUCUCCGCCAUGACGACGGCCUUUACACUGUAGCCGGCCUGAUUUACGCAAUUGACCUAUUUGACUUUUGCAGCCUUGACAACCGAGGUGGGCUAGAUGCGGUUCUACGAGAGUGUCGAGGAGGGCUGCCUUGA